AUGUUGGGUAAACUUAUUUGCCGGUCCAGACUCGCUGCCGGUGUUAGAGCUUUUAGCACCGGAAGCCGUUUCUAUUCCAAUAAAUUGGCUCCGUUGGAUGCAUCUCGUUUGCAGAUUAACAAGACUUCAACACCUAAACACAAAUUAGCCAAUGACCAAUUAGUUUUUGGUAAGACAUUUACUGAUCACAUGUUGGAGAUUGAAUGGGAUGCUCAAAGUGGUUGGGGUGUUCCAAAGAUCUCUCCUUAUCAUAAUUUAUCAUUAGAUCCAUCAUGUGCUGUCUUUCAUUAUGCCUUUGAGUUAUUUGAAGGUAUGAAGGCUUACAAGGAUGCCAAUGGUAAUGUCAGAACCUUUAGGGGUGAUAAGAACAUGGAAAGGAUGAACAAAUCAGCUGAAAGAAUUGCACUUCCAACCUUUGAUGGUGAAGAAUUAAUUAAAUUAAUUGAUAAACUCGUUCUUUUGGAUAAAGACUUUGUACCUGAAGGUGCGGGAUAUUCCUUGUAUUUAAGACCUACAAUGAUUGGUACUCAAGCCUCUUUAGGUGUAGGAAUUCCUUCUAAGGCAUUACUUUAUGUUAUUGCAUCACCUGUUGGUCCUUACUAUCCUACUGGAUUCAAGCCUGUUUCCUUGGAAGCUACUGAUUAUGCUGUUAGAGCUUGGCCCGGAGGUGUUGGUAACAGAAAGUUGGGUGCGAACUAUGCUCCAUGUAUCAAGCCACAAUUAGAAGCUGCUUCUAGAGGGUAUCACCAAAACUUGUGGUUAUUUGGCGAAGAAGGUAAUGUUACUGAAGUUGGUACUAUGAAUGCAUUCUUCAUUUUCAAAGAUCUUAUAACUGGUAAGAAGGAAUUAGUCACCGCACCUUUGGACGGUACUAUUUUGGAAGGUGUGACCAGAGACUCUAUAUUAGAAUUGGCUAGAACCAGAUUACCAGCUGAAGAAUGGGAAGUUUCUGAAAGAUACUGUACCAUACAUGAAAUCAUUGAGAAGGCAACUAAAGGUGCACUUGUUGAAGCAUUUGGUGCUGGUACUGCAGCAGUUGUGUCACCCAUUGGUAACAUUGGUUAUCAAGGGAAAGAUAUUGCCAUCCCAUUGGCUAGAGGUAAUUCUGGUGAAUACACUGCAAAGUUUGCUGAUUGGAUUAGAGAAAUUCAAUAUGGUGAAGAGGAAUUCCAAGGUUGGUCAAGAGUAUGCCAAUAA